AAAAUAGCAAAUUUGGAUAAAGGCAGGAAGGGAUGUCCCUAAAGACGCGCUCACGCUCUGUUUGGUGCUUCUCUGCCCGGCGUUCUUCCGCUGUGAUUAAAGGUCUCCAGCCCCGCAAGGAAGGACGGUCCGCUCUCUCAUGCCUUGCCUCACCCUCGUCCCCUCCUAAACCCUCCUCCCGAAGGAUGGCAGCCGCCUCGUUCCGCUACGGCCUGACCAUCACGGGGGCCGUGCUGCUGGUGACGGGCACGCUCUGCUUUGCCUGGUGGAGUGACGGCGAGGUGGGCUCGACCAGCGGGGCUCGCCUCCUGCCCCCCCGGGAAGCCGAGGCCGUGCCCAGCUCCUCCUCCUCCUCCUCCUCCUCCUCCUCCAGCGCCCUGCUCCGCUCCGUCAGCUUCUUCUGCUGUGGCAUCGGCGGCAUCCUGCUCAUCUUCGGCCUCCUGUGGUCCGUGAAGGCCAACGCCAGGGUGGUGUCCCGGCGCUACCAGUACCAUUUCCCCCGGGACCUGCAGUACUUCACGGCGGAGCCUGCGGAGAAGUGGAACUGCAGGGCCAGCACGUGCCAUCACGAGGGACACAUCUCCUUAGCAGGGCCACCAAGCAGAAGAAUACAUUGGUUUUCUGGCAGAAGCACCUGGGACUCCAGUGCCAUCCCCACCUAUGAAGAAGCGCUGACCUGCAGACCAGCCCACGCUGCCCCGGCCUAUGUGCAGCCGCCGGGGAGGAAGGAGGAGCUCACGCCGCCCCUGUACCGCUACCUGGAGGAGGACGAGAGCUGGCAGGGCGGCCGGCGGCGCAGCUCCUCCGACAGCGCCUUGUUCCGCCCCAGCCCGUCCUGGCUGGACACGGCGCAGCCCCAGGAGCCGCAGGCGACGCCGCCCCCCAGCUACGAGAACAUCAGCGUGCGGGGGCUCUGAGCUGGGCCAGCCCGGGCCGGGACCCUGCGGGGGCUGCCCGGUCCCUGAGCUGCACACUGAGCCUCUGGUGGAGGGGUGAGAGCAGGGUGGGCGAGGAGUGGGGAGGGUCAGCCCGGCUUGCCCGGCUUGCCCGGCUGUCCGGCGCUGUGGGGAUUGUGGGGCCGGCGAGAGGUGCGUUCAGAGCGUCGGGGGUAGCUGGCAUGUUUGAAAGCUUUCAUAUUUUUAAUAAAAGCACUGCUGGUUUCAGAGGUUUUGCA